CUUGUAACUGUAAUGGAAAGAAUGCCGAAUGUUACUUCGAUCCGGAGUUGUAUCGUGCCACUGGUCACGGAGGUCACUGCCGCAACUGUGCCGACAAUACGGAUGGGCCGAACUGUGAGCGAUGCCUGGACAACUACUACAGAGACUCCUCCGGCCAGCGCUGUCUCUCCUGCAGCUGCAACCCUGUCGGUUCUCUCAGUACCCAGUGUGACAACACUGGCAGAUGUAGCUGUAAGCCGGGGGUGAUGGGAGAUAAGUGUGACAGAUGCCAGCCUGGGUUUCACACAUUGACUGCGGCAGGCUGCAGACCCUGCUCUUGUAAUCCAGCCGGAAGCACGCAGGAGUGUGAUGUCCACACCGGACGCUGCCAAUGUAAGGAAAAUGUGGAUGGAUUCAACUGUGACAG